CCGACUGUGACAUACUUGAGAAUUUUAUGGAAUCCUACCAUUUUUUUCCAGGCAUCUUUUUACUGUUUAUAUCUGCUCAGUCCCUUUUCUCACUUACCUAACUUACCUUUUCUACCUGGUCAUGAUCACUCACUACCCUUUCUUUAAAUUGGCCAAGAGAAUUGGGGAAAAUUGGGCUACGCCAUGAUGCCUCAGGAUAUCCCAAGUUGCCAGAUGGGAAUUCCUACCUGUGUUAUGUUGGACUGCAAGGUGAAUUCUGUUGCCCACAGGACACGAGGUAGAAAGCGUGUCAGACCUGGAGUGUGGAAAUCUGUUCUCAGUCCCAGCUCUACCAUAUGACACUGGUGUGGCCUUUUUCAGCCUUGACUUCCCUCUUCAUAGGAUUGUCAUAGAGGUUGAAUAAGAUAAAACAACUUAAAAUUUUGUGCCCAUGUGUUAUCUUUCUAUUUUCUGAAUGUCCUUUCUCUGCUUCUAUGGGCAGACUCUGUGUACCAUGGACAGCGGCAGUUGUAUUUCAGGACCAACUAUUGCCAACCCAGAGCUGUUCUGUGAGUUUGAGCAAGGGUCCGAACCAUGGCAAGGCAAUGUCCAGGGCCAGAGGCAUCUCCUGAGCCACUACCCAGGAAAAAACAAGAUGGGCUACUUGGAGGAAGUGGACAUGCAUGGGCCAGCCAGAGAAGCUGGACCGGACCUCCCCCCUCAGACGAAAGCCUGUCUUUCCCAUUUCAGAGCAGAAAGUGGCACCAUCAAGGAAGGCUGUGCAGGAAAAUGCAAAAAGCCCUUGAAACCCCGGUCCAUCCAGAAGUCCUGGUUUGCACAGUUCCCGUGGCUGGUCAUGAAUGAGGAGAAGACGGCUCUCUUUUGCUCCGCUUGCCGAGAACACCCCUCCGCCAAAGACAGACGGUCCCGACUGAUAGAAGGCUACACAGGACCGUUCAAGGUGGAGACUCUCAAAUAUCAUGCCAAGAGCAAAGCUCACCUGUUCUGCAUCAGUGCUUUGGCAACACAGGACCCCAUCUGGGCAGCCCGUUUCCGGAACAUCCGAGAUGCCAGCCCAGAAUAUCCCAUUCUGCAGCCCCCGGUGCCUCUGGGAGCCUAUGGUGAUACGGCCCAGCUCCUGCCCAGCUCUCGAGCUGAACGGAAGGAGCCUGCGGGGAAUGGAGCACUUCCUGCAUUGUAUGUAGACUGCAUUUCCCAUGUGAGGCAUAAAGAAACCGCCAGUGACGUCAGCAGCUCCUCAAACACUAACAUUGUGCGCAAUGACUCUGCUGAAUCCUGCAGCCAGGAGCUCCCGGUGGUGUUUGAGGAGGUGGCCGUGUAUUUCACGCGGGAGGAGUGGGGCGUGCUAGACCAGCCGCAGAAGGAGCUGUACAGAGACGUGAUGCGGAUGAAUUAUGAGCUGCUGGCCUCCCUGGGGCCUGUGGCUACCAAACCAGACUUGAUAUCAAAACUGGAACAUAGAGCUGCACCCUGGACUAAGGAUCCAAAGGGGACGAAGUGGGGGAAAGGUCGUUUUCCAGGGAAAAAGAAGAUGGUGGCUGCCGGAGAGGCAGACACGCAGGCCUCGGCUGUGGAAUCUGCGUUGCUUCUAGCUCCUCCCGUGGAGACGUGUGCCUCCUACUGCAGGUCCAGCCUUUGUGACGUGGAAGCAGAUGGGCCUAGGAAAAUCAAGAGGACUUACAGACCCCGCUCCAUUCAGAGGUCGUGGUUUGGGCAGUUCCCAUGGUUAGUCAUUGACUCAGAAGAGACCAAGCUCUUCUGCUCAGCUUGCAAAGAAAAACCGAAUCUCCACGACAGGUCAUCGCGGUUAGUCCAAGGUUACACGGGGCCAUUUAAAGUGGAGACUUUAAAAUACCAUGAAGUCAGCAAAGCACACAAGCUCUGCGUCAACACUGUUAAAAUCAAGGAGGACACCCCUCAGGCUGCCCUAGUCCCAGAGAUCUCCAGUGACCUGAUGGCCAACAUGGAGCACUUCUUCAGUGCGGCCUACUCCAUCGCCUACCACUCGAGGCCACUGAAUGACUUUGAGAAGGUCCUGCAGCUCCUCCAAAGCACAGGGACCACGAUUUUGAGCAAGUACCGGAACCGCACUGCGUGCACCCAGUUCAUCAAAUACAUCUCUGAGACUCUGAAGCAGGAGAUCCUCGAGGACGUCCGGAACUCCCCCUGCGUGAGCGUGCUGUUGGACAGCUCCACCACCUCCUCAGACCAGGCCUGUGUGGGCAUUUACAUCCGCUACUUGAAGGGGACGGAGGUGAAAGAGUCUUACAUCACGCUGGCCCCGCUCUACAGUGAGACAGUGGAUGGGUACUUCGAGACCAUUGUCUCUGCACUGGAUGAGCUGGACAUCCCCUUCCGGAAGCCUGGUUGGGUCGUGGGUCUGGGAACCGAUGGCUCAACCAUGCUGGGCCACAGAGGAGGCCUUGUGGGAAAGUUCCAGGAGGUCAUCCCCCAGCUGCUGCCUGUCCAUUGUGUGGCCCACCGGCUGCCCCUGGCUGUGGUGGAUGCCUGUGGGGGCAUUGAUCUGGUGAAGAAGUGUGACCGGCACAUCCGAACUGUCUUCAAGUUUUACCAGUCCUCGAACAAAAGGCUGGCAGAGCUGCAGCAAGGCGCUGCGGCACUGGAGCAGGAAAUCACCCGCCUCAAGGACUUGAAUGCAGUCAAGUGGGUGGCCAGUAGGAGGCGCACACUGACCGUGCUCAUCUUGAGCUGGCCUGCCCUGGCUCGGCACCUCCAGAGUGUGGCAGAGGCCGGGGGCCAGAUUGGGCACAGGGCCAAAGGCAUGCUGAAGCUCAUGAAGAACUUCCAUUUCAUCAAGUUCUGCCACUUCCUGCUGGACUUCCUGAGCAUUUACAGGCCGUUGUCGGAGGUGUGCCGGAAAGAAGUGGUGUUGAUUACGGAGGUGAACUCCACGCUGGGACGGGCCUAUGUCGCUCUGGAGACCCUCCGUCACCAGGCAGGGCCCAGAGAGGAAGAGUUCAAUGCCAGCUUCCAGGAUGGGCAGCUGCAUGGCAUUUCCUUAGACAGAAUGGAGAUGGCAGAGCAGCGUUUCCAGGCAGACAGGGAGAGAGUGAUCCUGACGGGGACUGAGUACCUCCAGCAGAGGUUUGACACACACCGUCCCCCACAACUCAAAAACAUGGAGGUGUUUGACACCAUGACCUGGCCAAGUGGCACUGAACUGGCCAGUUUUGGGAAUGAUGAUAUCCUUGCCCUUGCCAGGUACUUUGAGCUCUCAAUGCCCCCAGGGUACAGCGAGCAAGCCCUCCUGGAGGAGUGGCUGGGCCUGAAAGCCACGGCCAGGAACCUGCCGCUCUCCAUGCUGUGUAAGAGCGCCCUGGCCCAGCCCUGCCGCUUCCCCUUGCUGAGCAGGCUGGUGGCAGCGGUGGUCUGUGUGCCCGUCUCCACCUCCUGCUGUGAGCGUGGAUUCAGUGCCAUGAACCGGAUCAGGACCGAAGAGAGGACCAAGCUCUCCAAUGAGGUGAUCAACAUGCUCAUGAUGACAGCAGUGAAUGGUGUGGCAGUCACCCAGUAUGACCCGCAGCCCGCCAUCCAGCACUGGUACCUAACCUCCUCGGGCCGGCGCUUCAGCCACGUCGACGCCUGUGCCCCGGUGCCACCCCAUUCCGAUGCAACGGCGGUGCCCAGGACGGAGAAGAUGGGAGUGCGCCAUGUGGAGGAGGCCGUGACCCAGAAGCCGCCCAUCCAUCCUGUGGGAACGGGUGGAGAUCCUGACGACUGCCUCAUGGACCCUCCUGACAGGCUCCUGUACCCCCACGCCAGUCAGGAGGCCCCUGUGCUGUCCUGAUACAGGCUCUGCAGGCGCAGGAAUCUUAGGAUUGCCUGGGAGACCGCUACCCUGCCCCUUGUGGUCAUGCUGACAGGCUCUGUGCCCUGGAAUCUGCCUUUGGUAGGGACUCUAAGCACAGGAAGUGGGCAGUGACAAGGUAGUUACACCCACAUGCCAGAGAGGCAGGGCCAUCGGGGGUGCACAGCUUGUUCACCUCUAAAUGGAGCAGGGGCAGCACUGACAUAUGCCGAGGCUCUUAUCUCAAGUUCAUGUUUAAGGUGCUUCAGGAAAUAAUCCCAUUGCGAAAGAUUUCACCCCAUAUGCUGGUGGCAAGAGGAUUUUUCUGAAGUGGGAGAGACUACUGGGGGUAGGAACUUAAAGGAGCACCCCAGCCCCCUGGAACGUUGGGGAGCAUUCCAGUGGGGCUGUCCACAGCCUUGGGGGCCUGGGGAAGACACUGGGUGAGGGGCAGAGGAUGACCAGCUGGCCUGGCUCUGGGGUAUCACCCUGGCUCUAUAACAAGCAGGUACAGUCUGAUUUCAAAAUGGGAAACUCAUCAGAGAAUCUCUCUACCUCCUCCUAGGACUGUCCUUUAGGGUGAGACAAGCAAAGCCCUUUGCACAGAGCGCGCCAGAGAGCUUCUUCUGCGCCUCCAGGCCAGUCGAGAGAAGCAUCUCCCUGGAGCGGGCCAAGCCCAUGCGUCCCAUCCAGUCCCACAGUUGCGGCCCUUGUGUUUGACCUGCAUCAUUCUGGAGUGCCUUCCUAAGCAGCAAACUGGACCGAGUUGCCCUCAGGAGGCUGGGAUCCGGUCCCUGCUCUACUACAGGCAGUUGUUCAACCAUGAUUAAUCAUUCCUCUUUGCUGUGCCUCAGUUUCCCCCUCCAUUAAAUAGCAGAGAGUCCAUGUGCCUGCUGGUUCCCAGCAUGACACAGAACUGGCACAUGACAGUGCAUCCACCUACCUGCAAGACAGCCCUCAGACUGCACAGAGGGGACUCAGCUGCUUUCAGCCUUUGUUGUCAUCCUCUGUCCCGUCACCCAUGUCUUUACUGUGGGAAGAGGUGCUCCUAAGAUGUGGCAUCGGCAUGAUGGUCUCGUCCCGUGGUCGGCAAACUGCAGCUCGUGAGCCACAUGUGGCUCUUUGGCCCCUUGAGUGCGGCUCUUCCUAAGCCUUAGGAGUACCCUAAUUAAGUUAAUAACAAUGUACCUACCUAUAUAGUUUGAGUUUAAAAAAUUUGGCUCUCAAAAGAAAUUUCAGUCGUUGUACUGUUGAUAUUUGGCUCUGUUGACUAAUGAGUUUGCUGACCACUGGUCUAGUCCAUUCUUCCCAACGUUGUUUUGGGGAUUCAGCCUGGGACUCCUUGGGGUGCUUGUGAAAUAUGUACCCAGACCUGCUUGCUCAGACCCCCAGGCCUGGGGCUCAGGGCCUGGCUGUAAGGUCCCUCCGGAACUUGUGUGCCCACUCCAGGCACAGAAGGGCCCCCGCACUGUGAGUUUCCUGCGUGCUCUUGCCCAUCUGCCCUUCUUCCCCAAAGUAAAAUACUUUCCUUCCGGGGCAGCUUCCUUCAGCAGGCUCCUCGGCUGCUUCUCUGGCUGGAGAUGGUGUGUCCGCUCCUGCCUACCUAACCGCUGCGGGGGCAGGGGCAGGGUUUCUUUGCCCCUGCCUUGCUUGUUCAGGCUCCUUGCUGGCCUUGCUGCCGGCCCCAGCUGGGGUCCCUGCUCUGUUGCAAGUUGAAGUGGUCUGACCCUCAGCCAGCAGUCUGCCCACUCCCCCCUCCGUAAAGGUGUUGAGAGCCCCUGCAACACUAGUAUCUGAAAGGCUCACUAGAUGGCUGACCCCUGGUUCCCAGGAUUCUGACUCUCCCUUCCUGUCUCCCCACCCUUAGCACUUAGCCUUUGUGCCAGGAAUUCUGCUCUCACUUUCUGCCUUGAACCCGUGGAAAUGUCUCUUCCUGCCCUUGGGGCAGGACCUUGGGCAGUGUGUUACACGGCCAAGAUGGAGCCCACUCACACAAGUUUCUGUGUGCAGUUCGGGAAUCUGCCCUAGGCCAGGCACUGUGGGGGUGAAUUGGUAGGAUGGAAGCGAGAAAGGCCCUGUACUCUUAGCCUUGCCCCCCCCCCCCCCCGCCCUGUCCGCGGGGUACAUUGGGGAGCAUAGACUACCGGACUCUUGCUUCUCUCCCAAGCCCAGGCGUGCUCAGUGUGGGCAGGACAGUGCGAAGAUUGGCCAAUUCCCGCAUCCAGGUGUCUGCCAGCCAAGG